GUGAUUUAUCUUCGGCCCACUUCCAGUCUUAGCAGAAGAAUUAUGGGAAGGACUCCAUGCUGCAAUGCAGACGGCCUAAAAAAAGGCGCAUGGACAGCUGAUGAGGACCAGAAACUCAUCGCUUACAUUCAAGAACACGGCGAAGGAGGCAGGCGAACCUUGCCUCAGAAAGCUGGUCUCCAAAGAUGUGGAAAGAGCUGCAGGCUGAGGUGGGCUAAUUAUCUUAGACCUGAUAUUAAGAGAGGAGAGUUCAGUACAGAAGAGGAGCAAAAGAUCAUUCAACUCCAUGCUUUUCUAGGGAACAGGUGGUCAGCCAUAGCCAGGCAUCUCCCAAAGCGAACAGACAACGAGAUAAAGAAUUAUUGGAACACACAUCUCAAUAAGCGAUUAGCCGAGAUGGGCAUUGAUCCGGUGACUCACAAGCCACUCGGUCCCUCUUCCCCGACCACCGAUAACAACUCUAACCCUACCCACACGUCUCCCCACUCUCAACUUACCCAACCUACAACUCAAGCCCAGCUUCUCAACAAACUAGCAGCUAAGCUUGCGCCAUCAAGAUGCCUCGUGGCACUAAAAACUAGCCAGAGCCCUUCUCUUCGGUCCCUGUCUACAGAAGCUGAAAAAAAUGUUCUGCCAAAGAGGCCUAUUUCCAGUACUUCUGCUAGGCUGCUAAACAAAAUGGCCGGUAGACUCACGACUCCAUUACACUGCCUUAAUACGUUAAAAUCUAUCCUCUCAAGCUCUUUAGAUUAUCAAUCUGAAGGUCACAAUGCCAUCGAGGCUCCUCAUCAUGAUGACUUCAUGCAUCGUUCUACAUCUGCUUCAAGCCUUUCAGAGACUGGCUCAGAUAUGUCAAGAUCUAAUGCUAUAGCUACCCCUGAUCUUUCACCAUUAAUGGAGUCUUUUAAUCUUGACCUGCUUAAAGAUUGGAACGGGGUGGAUGACGGCGGCGUUUCAAGUAUUAACAUGGUUGACACCUAUAGCAGCUGCUGGGAGUCUCCCUUCACUAGUUUUAAGAACAAAAAGACAUUUUCUGGUAGUGAAUCAAUGCAUGAAGUUAUGGAUGCAUUGACGUAUAAUGACAGUGACAAGACAUAUGGAUCUGCACAAUACGAUAAUCAUUUCAUGGAUGGCUUCUCCAUUUUUUCAAUCAAUGGUUGCAGUGAAGAUUCACAUGAAGACAGGGUUUUUGAAGAUGCUACAUAUUCUCGGCAUAAGGACCACUUCUUUGAGAAUAAUUAUCAACUCCCGGAUUCGAAUGUCGUUUGAGUUGGUGUAAUUUUUUUUUUUUCUAAUUUCUUCUUCUUUCGCUAGAUGCUUAAUUAAUACCUUAG